CAACAUACAGAUGGGCUGCUCUCUUUGGGGUUGAACCAGGACCGCGCGCAGCAAAUCACUUGUAACUCCGCGCUGCGUGUGACCGGUGAGGAAACAUCCCGUCCCCGCCGCGCACUGUGACAGCAGACAUGGCCGACAAGAUGCCGACGGAGUCCGGGUCCAAGGCGCCGUUCGCCACCAGGAUAGACCCGAUCAAGGCGGGUCUCUCCCUGGAGCAGAUGCACUUCAUCAAGCAGGUGGAGAUGGAGCAGUGGAAGAAGAAGACGGUGCGGCUGCGGGGCAGGAACGCGGUGACGGGUCUCGCCAUCGGGGCGCUCGUCCUCGGCAUCUACGGCUACACGUUUUACUCCGUCUCUCAGGAGACUGUCGUGGAGGAGCUGGAUGAGGAGGCCAGACGUGCCAGAGCGCGGGGCCCAAAGACCGAUGCCAACUGAAACACCUGAUUUGCCUGCCUGUUGUUGGACUGUGUGUCCGUCCUGCACUUAACCGAGAAGGGACUUAUGGUGGACACUGAUUCAUAUUCCACUACUGGCUGCUGUUUUUCUUUUUCUUCCCCCCCUUGAUGAGACAGCACUGUAGUGGACUUUGUCUUGAUUGUGAAGCUCUGUUGCUAAAACUGGACGUGUGUUGAUAUCGAUUUAAACUUGGCUGUCAGCGGAAAAUACUAAAUCACCAGACGUAACCAGACCUAUCACAUCAUGUUAGACUAAAGGCCCAGAUUGAGGAGUAAUCACAACCUGCCAGGCUUCCAGCCCUGGUGAUCAUGUGACGGGGAUUUAGUUUAGGGGCAUAAACUUUACACCAGUCAGCAAAUGUUGACUUUUGAGCAGCUUUUAAUGGCAAAGAAUGACACAUGGAUCCACUUGUUGAAUCGUAUUAUUUAUGUCAAAAAGAGUGACUUGUUGAAUAAAAAUCUAUUGUAUUUGAA